AUGGCAUCCAACUCACUUACUUCUUCAAGAAACUCUAACUCCUCGUGGACUCCUAAGCAAAACAAGCAGUUCGAAAAGGCCCUGGCUUUGUAUGACAAGGAUACCCCGGACCGCUGGCAGAAGGUUGCCAGAGCUGUGGGUGGGAAAUCUGCUGAGGAGGUGAAGCAGCACUAUGAGAUCCUCCUUGAGGAUGUCAAUCACAUUGAGGCCGGCAGAGUCCCAUUUCCUCGUUACCGGGGCGACUAA